UUUGAGUGUGAGUUCCGGAGGUUCGGUGUGGACAGAAGGAACUGCAAGACCCUGGACGACUUCCACUCACUGGUGAAGGAGUCCCACCACCUUCCUGCCGACAUGCCGUUCACCAUCUCAUAUACCGACCCAAGGAACGGGGACCUCCUCCCAAUUACAAACGACGAGAAUCUCCAGCGAGCGUUCACCACCGCCAUGCCCCUCCUCAGAUUAUUCAUCUACAGGGAAGCGGAGUCAAUGCUGGAAGAGAUGAAUGCCCGGGCAAGGAAACACCGACGUACAGCUCCCAGACCGGCCUCCACUACCAUCAGUGCCCCACAGGACUUCCGGCGAGUCUGUGCCAUCGUCGACGCAGACCAUCUCCCCGACACCGUCCGACGGGUGAAACUCCUGAAACAUUCGUCCGACCGUCCGCUCGGGUUUUACAUCAGAGACGGUACCAGCGUGCGGGUCACUCAGUACGGUCUGGAGAAGGUUCCCGGGAUAUUUAUCUCUCGACUGGUACCCGGUGGGCUGGCGGAGAGCACGGGACUCCUAGCGGUCAACGACGAGAUUCUUGAAGUGAACGCCAUCGAGGUAUACGGAAAGACACUGGACCAGGUCACCGACAUGAUGGUAGCAAACAGUCAGAACCUCAUCAUUACAGUCAAACCAGUCAGUCAACCUCCGGUGACCCCCCGACCCUCCAACAUGGCCGCCAAGAAGAUGAAUCACACCAUCGGCCCGUCGGGGGCCAAGAGCUACGGGGAUCUCCCUUCAAUGAUGGGAGCCGACAUGACGGCCAGCCUCCCCAACAAGAAGAUGUCUCUGUACGACGAAAAGGGGUACAAGAGGUCUGACCUGAAAAAGUCGGAAUCGCCAGACCCAGGGAUGAGUAAUGGACCAGUCACUGUGAAUGGUAGCAACGGACUACGAGACAAGAGGCAUUCUAUGAGCAGUGCCCUCGACUCCUAACGCCACUCCUAUGCAUUGCUAUGGGAGCUGUUUUUUAAGUAUCUGUAUACCGUGUAUACCGUACACGCUAGUUGUACUGUUGUUCCUUUUGUCUGUCUGUUUAUGUCUGUCAACUCCUGCAUUUUAUACUAAUUUAUGGUCAUUCUGCAAUUUUUGGAACUUAUUUUUUCUCGCUCUCUCAAUCCUUCAUUCACUAGCAGCAGAUACUUUUUUAACGACUAUAUGUACUGAGUUUUUUUUGUUAGUCAUCUGUAGCAGACAUUAUCUCCGUCAAUAAUUUUAUGCGACUUUACAGUUGCACACACAGUCGCUCGCGCAUGCGCACACACACGCC